GGCUGCGGGCGGCUGACGGGCAGCCGGGGAGGCCGCUGGCAGCCGGCCGCGGAGGGGCAUGCCUGCACCGGGGGUCCGUGCCGAGCCGCGCUGAGCGGUGCCGAGCCAAAAAGGGGCCGCCGGAGCCGCUCCUGAGCGCUGAGAUGGGGGUGGAGAUCGAGACCAUCUCUCCCGGAGACGGACGGACAUUUCCAAAGAAGGGUCAGACGUGUGUGGUGCACUACACAGGAAUGCUGCAGAAUGGGAAGAAGUUUGAUUCCUCCAGAGACAGAAACAAGCCCUUCAGGUUCAAGAUCGGCAGGCAAGAAGUCAUUAAGGGAUUUGAAGAAGGUGUUACACAGAUGAGCUUAGGACAAAGAGCAAAGCUGACCUGCACACCUGAGAUGGCCUACGGGGCCACGGGGCACCCCGGGGUCAUCCCUCCCAACGCCACCCUCCUCUUCGACGUGGAGCUGCUCAGGUUGGAGUGAGUCUUCCCGAGGGAGGCACCUGUCGAUAACCAUCCGUUCCUUCUCCCCUUACCCGCAGGGGGAGAAAUCUUCACUGGAAUCCUCACCUUCCCUGCUCAAGCUGUCAUGUCAGUAGCGCCUGCUGUUAGGUUUCUGAAGCCUUCCUUCUCUCUGGUUUUUUAACUUUGUGGUGUCCGUAGUUGCCUUUUAUCGGAAGCUUUGCGAAAAAUGUCUACCACUGUAACAUUUUCAAGUUGUACAUUUUAUUUAACUUGCAUGUAAUAAACAGUACCGGCGACGAUUGCAAAUAUAUAUAAAUAUAAAUAUAUAUAUAUAUUCCUUAUAGAAAAACCACUGCCUUACUGUACACUUAAACCAAGAAAAAAAAUAAAAACACUAAAGGUGCUCAAAAAAAAUCCAAUGUACGCCUUGUACAUGAACGGGCAUUAGCCAAACAGAGUUACCUGCGCUGCCACUUUUCUCAACUUGUACGUUCUGCUUGCUGCUGUUUUAAAAAGUACUGUCUCAUUUAAGAAUUAAAUAUAUAUAUAUAAAACAAUAAAAUAUUGAUACUUUACAA